GCGGCCAUGGCGCUCCUGCUCGCCGCUCUGCGCGUCCUGCUGGGCGGCUUCUUCGUGCUCACAGGGGCGGCCAAGCUCUCGGAGCACAUCUCGCCUCCCGUGUCGCGGCAGAUGAAAGCCCUGUUUGUGCAGUUUGCUGAGGUGUUCCCGUUGAAGGUGUUCGGCUACCGGCCAGAUCCCAUGAGCUACCAAGUGGCUGUAGGCUGGCUGGAACUGCUGGCUGGGUUGCUGCUGGCCCUGGGCCCACCGAUGCUGCAAGAGAUCAGUAACUUUCUUUUGAUCGUGCUCAUGAUGGGGUCUAUCUUCACUUUGGUGUCUCUGAAAGAGUCACUGCACACCUGUAUCCCAGCUGUCGUCUGCCUGGUGCUCCUGCUGCUGCUGGAUAUCUGCCAGUUCUUAGUCAGACCCACAAGGAGGAAGACUCCAAGUACAGUCAAGGAAUCCUGGGAGUAGAGUGCCCCUCGCCUCGCUGUGCCAUGCCACCGUCACGGCAGGAACACAGAGGGACACAGAACCUACCUCCUGCUUACCAGAGUCAACAUGUGGCCAGUGUUGAAGUAGACAUCUUGCCUACCUGGCUCUGCUUUCUCUCUUGGGCAUCUACUGCUCUUUUUGGACAUUUACUAGCAUUUCUCUUGUCAUGUGAACAUGGAAAAUAAGCAGAAAAGAAAUUUAAAUCACCCCAAAUUUUACUGCCUUAACUAUUUUCAAUUUCUUUGUAUAGCUGUGCCUUUGAACUUUUUUCUAUGCCUUCAUACAGAUUUUAAAAAUUGAAUAUGAGACCAUAUAUACUAUUUUAUUGCCUGCUUUUUGAAGCUAAUACCCUGUAACAGCAUUCCAUAUCUGUCUUACCUUGUUGAUGUUAAUGGCUGUGUAGUAUUCCAUUGUAAGAUAUACUGUAAUGUAUUUACUCAAACCACACUGAGGAAUAUUUGGAUUGUUCCCAUGUUUUUGCUAUUGUA